CGCUACUGAAAAUACAGCACCAUUUACUAAACAAGGAUAUCUCUAGUACGAUCCAAUAACGUCCUCGUGCCUUUGCAUUUGCAUUUGCGAGCAGGGUCAAAGGCCAACGUGACGUUUCGCUUACGUAGCGUGGCGCCACCUGAGGAGAUACGAGUGAAUGAGGAUGCAAUGUUAACUUAUCAUUCCCCUUAAAUUGAGUGAGGAGCGCGAAUCUGUCAGGAUACACCUGUUUUCCGUUUCACCCAAAAAACAUGAGCAGUUCACAGCGAGCCAAAGAAACAGUGGUUAUAACAGGAGGAGGUGGUUACUUUGGACACAGACUUGGAUGUACGUUGCACGAGAAAGGAGUUCAUGUAAUCCUCUUUGAUAUACGAAAACCAGACCAAGAGCUGCCUGAAGGAAUCCAUUUUGUUCAAGGAGACGUGCGUUCUCUCUCUCAGCUGGAAGAUGUGGUGGCAGGCGCAAGCUGUGUAUUUCAUACAGCCUCUUAUGGAAUGUCUGGGAAGGAGCAACUCCAUCGGCAGAAAAUUGAAGCUAUAAAUGUCAGAGGCACAGAGAAUAUAAUCCAAGCUUGCAUAAACACAAAUGUUCCGAGGCUUGUUUACACAAGUACCUUUAAUGUGAUUUUUGGUGGGCAAACAAUAAGAGACGGCGAUGAGUCUCUGGCGUAUCUACCUCAGGAUGCAUUCGUAGAUAACUACUCCCGCACAAAGACAGUCGCAGAGAUGUUUGUACUGAAAAUGAAUAAUCAAGAAUUGAAAAAUAACAGUGGCUUUCUAAGAACCUGUUCUCUCCGGGCUGCUGGGAUCUACGGGCCUGGGGAGCAGCGACAUCUGCCUAGAAUUAUUAAUGCCCUUGAAAAGGGGAUGUUCUUGUUUGUAUACGGGGAUAAUCCUCUCGUUCAGUUCGUACAUGUCGAUAAUCUCAUAUCUGCACAUAUUUUAGCAGCUGAGGCUUUAACAUCUGAAAAGAAAUACAUUGCUGCUGGGCAACCCUACUUCAUUUCUGACGGCCCCCCAGUGAAUAACUUUGAAUUUUUCAGGCCCCUCGUGGAAGGCCUUGGUUAUAAGUUCCCUUCCCUUCGUUUUCCCCUGUCGCUCGUCUAUUUUUUUGCAUUUUUGACGGAGUGGAUUCACUUUUUUAUUAGCCCUGUGUGCGACUUUCAGCCUAUCCUGACACGGGCUGAAGUUUUCAAAACGGGGGUCACUCACUACUUCAAGAUUGAAAAGGCCACAAGAGAACUGGGGUUUGAACCGCAGCCAUUUACAAUGCAAGACGUGGCUGAAUGGUUUAAAAACCAUGGUUACGGCAAACAGGACAAGAAGAUCAAAAGCAAUUACUUGAUUUGGGACAUCAUUUUUAUUUUAUUGGUGACUGUCGUGCUGUUAUCAUGGCUUCCUAGUAGUGAAUGAGCCUUGUGUGUAUAUAUAUGUUCUUCUCUAAGCCCGAGAGCAUCCUAUGAUGAUUUGUUUUAAUGAUGAUAAUAAGUGAUCAUUGACUGGGUGACUUACUUAAUUGUUUGCAAAACGAUUGGGCACAUUUAUUCAAAGCUGAACCAGGAAAUCCUGAUUGGUUGGCAGCAGUUAUAUUUUUAUAGCGGUUAUUAACUUUUGGUUUGUCAGGAGAACUGGAAUAAUAAAGUAAAUCAAAAGUC